CCUGAAAACCCAAAUAUGACAUUAAUAAUAGAUCCGAUGAUGAGCAAUUCAUCCAUCAACAUGAGUAACGUGUCUCCUAAUAACUCCACACAGUGCUAUUUAUGUUUGUCCAUGAAGGAGUCAGCAAUUGCUGGUUUGGUCCCCUACAUCAUCCUGUCCUUUCUUCUUGCGUUUUGCUCUGCCACGGUCAACUACAUCAUGCCUUUUGUAUUUGGAGCCAUCACAGCCACCUUGAUCUUUGAAGCAGUAGCUUUAGCUGCAUAUUCCUGGGCUCUGAUUGUCUCUGGAGUUCUGGAGUUGCUCAUUUUGAUCUUUGCUAUCUAUGGUUCAGCGGCUCUUCUCAUCAAAGGCCUGACUCAACGUCUAGCCCUGAAGGGUUUUGGUACCCCACUCUUUAAUGUUCUCUUACUAGGGACCCCCAACUCAGGAAAAACUCAGAGUGGAGGCCAGGAGAAGAAGAAGAACACAAAAUAUGCAGAGCCAAUGGCUUUGGGUUUCUUCUGCGACUCCAUUGCUCCAUUCGUCUUUGCUUUCUACAGCUUUGGGUACAUGAAAUCAUUCGGUCUAGGUGUUGCCUGGGUAUCAAUCAUCUCAGUUGCCCAGUUGUUGUCCAGCUACUACGCUCACCUGCGUCAAGAUUGCUACCACACCACAAAGUUUGGGUUGCACGCCACAUAUUGGCUGAUCAAAGCUUGGGAGGAGUUUGUUGUGUCUGUUUUAAUAGUGGAGGACAGUAAAGUUGUCUCUGGAAGGGAUGCAAUGGUAGGAGACUGGUUCUUUGUAGUGGCAGCCUUGGUGCUCUGUGUAGGGAGCCUGAACAUGGACGUCCUGGAAUUGAUCCAUAACUUGUUCUUUGUCCUGAUCACAAUCUCCACAGUCCCUCAGAUCCCCCUGCAGGGUUACUACAUCUUCUUUGGAGUAGCUUGUUCUCUCUUCACUGCAGUCUCAAUCUAUGGCACCUUCACCCGUCUCAUCAACACCAUUGCAGAAAAGUGUCUCAUACCUGUAGGACCACAACCAGUGUUUUCUGAGCAGCUGAUUAGGGCUUUGAGAUGUAGAAGGUCUAAACAGGGAGAUCAGGAUGUGCUUCCCCCAGGCGAUCAGACUUCAGAUGCUCUGUUCUAUCUUUCAAAUGGGGUUGCAGCUUUGUCAGCUCUUCAUUCAAGAAGGAUGAGUAUGAAUCCUUCUCUCCUGCAUCUGACCAUCCCCUGGGUCCUGGUCUCUGGAGCUAUCAUCCAGGCCUACGUCAGCAGGUUGCAAGUCACAGGAGGCGGCCGCUUCGGGUCAGUCAUCUCUUCCAUCUAUGUUGUUGUCUGGGCAACAUGGACAUGGUUUAGAUUCGCAGGUAACCAGCUUCAGUUCUCCACCGAGGCAGAUUAUGGUUUUACUGCAGGAGCCAUUGCCUUCCUUGUCAUCAACGCUUUCCUUAUGCUAAUUGCUGCUUAUAGAAACCUGGUUCUUCUGUUCCUGACAACAUUGAUGGAGGUGGUUCUUGUUUGCUUCCUUCUCUCCACCCUGAACAAGCUGCCAUAUGAACUAGAAAUUGCCAUGCUUGCAUUGGUGUCUCUCAUAUGCUUAUAUGGCACUUUGGCAUCACUGAUAAACUUCAUGUUCUCACAAAGAGUGUUGCCAAUGGGCCCUCCUCUCUUUACGGAAAAAAUGAAGUCAGAAAUACCUGAGGAGCUUCCCUGUCCGGUGGGUAGCUCUCGCCUCACAAGCGGCCUCUUAAAAAUUGCUCAGCUUCUGGAAGAAGGAGGCGUGUGUGGUAUUCCCACAGACACUGUGUACGCUCUGGCGGCCUCCUGCAAGAAUCCCCAGGCUAUAGAGAAAAUCUACAACAUUAAGGACCGGCCAGCAGAGAAGCCUAUAUGCAUUUGCAUUUCUAGUGUAGAGCAGCUGGUGGCAGCCAAGCCUCCAUUCAGCCCUCUGCUGUGGGAGUUCAUGAGGAACGUUUAUCCAGGAGGCAUCAGCUGCAUCGUCAGCAAAGGAGACUGGCUAUUCAAACUAGGAGUUGGAGCAGCUUACGACCGCGUUGGCACCAGGGACAGCAUCAUGAUCCGUGUUCCUGACCACACGGUGACGUGCCACUUGUGUGACAUGACUGGACCCCUCGCUAUUACAUCUGCCAAUCCCAGUGGAGAACCAGACAGCACCCACCACAGUAUGGUCAUCAAUCGACUGGGGCACAAGAUACAAGGGGUCCUCUGUGACGGGGACUCCAAUGAAGUUGUUGCUUCAACUGUGGUCAACUGUCUGAGAAUUGAUGAAGGCAUCAUCACCAUUGUAAGAGAAGGCUGUGUCCCUGCGAUUAAAGUUCAUCAGAUCUACGAGAGGCUGAAAAACACCAUGUUGUGAGCAUCUCCUUCCAGAGGACUUCUUCGUAGCUGCAUGUGUUGGUCAGCACCAGAGCAAAUAUUUCAUACCACAGCUUUGUUUAUAUAAGAUAUACUGUAAGUGUAGCUGCCAUUGCAGGUGUUGAAACUCAAGUGACUCUUGAGUCUAAAAAUGUAAUGUUCAUUUUGACUUGAAGAAUUUCCCCUAAGAUAUCCUAACUUAUUGAAAAUAAUGCUUCUCUGUCAUGUUAUUCUGAAACUGCAUUUAUUAUUUUUAUUAUUGUUUGCAAUAAUAUCAAAAUAG